CUCUUGUAGUUUUGUUAGCGGCCGCUAGAUGGGAGGAUUUGAAAGCGGAAGUGUGGCACAUGACAUGAGCGGAAGUGUGCGUGUUGUUACUGAGCAGUGAUGAUGAUGUAGUAGUGAGAAGGGAGAGCUGUCAUAUCAGCAGCAUAUGGAGGAUCAGCAAUAUAAAGUUUUUAAAACAGAAAUGGGUUGUUCUGGCGCUCAAAAGCCACGCGCGGUCUUCAGCUUAUGAUACCGAGGAAAGGCGCGUUCGUGGAAGAAACCAGCUUCUGAAUCAUGAUGGAGGCACACAGUUCAGGCCUCGGCAGGAAGAGGAAGAGAGAGGAGUUGAACGGUGAGAUGAAGGAGGCCGAGUGUUUCCGAAAACUUCCACGGAGGACUCUGGGCCUGACUGAACCUGCACCGUUCGCUGAUGAGCUGGUGGCUGCAAAAACCCUAUACGUUCGUGUUAGCAUGGAAGAAGCCCGCCGUGGCACUCCAGAGGACCGACCAGUUCGCGUCUAUGCUGACGGGAUCUUUGACAUGUUUCAUUCCGGACACGCUCGUGCUUUGAUGCAGGCCAAGUGCCUUUUCCCCAACACGCAUCUCAUUGUGGGUGUGUGCAGCGAUGAUUUGACGCAUAAAUUUAAGGGUUUCACUGUCAUGAACGAGGAUGAACGUUACGACGCAGUGAGUCACUGUCGUUAUGUUGAUGAGGUGGUCCGCAACGCUCCAUGGACACUGACGCCUGAAUUUCUGUCCGAGCACAGAAUAGACUUUGUCGCCCAUGACGACAUCCCAUACAUCUCAGCAGGAAGUGAUGAUGUUUACAAACACAUAAAGGAGGCAGGUAUGUUUGCACCAACUCAGAGAACAGAGGGCAUCUCCACGUCUGAUAUAAUCACACGAAUAGUACGUGACUAUGAUGUUUACGUGCGCCGCAACCUGCAGAGAGGCUACACUGCCAAAGAGCUGAACGUCAGCUUCAUCAACGAGAAGAAGUACCACCUGCAAGAGCAUGUGGAUAAGGUGAAGCAGAAGGUCCGAGACGUGGAGGAAAAAAGUAAAGAGUUUGUGCAGAAGGUGGAGGAGAAGGGCAUCGACCUCAUUCAGAAAUGGGAGGAGAAAUCACGCGAGUUCAUCGGGAACUUCCUGCAGAUGUUCGGGCCAGAUGGGGCGUUGAAGCACAUGUUGAAAGAGGGAAAAGGACGGAUGUUACAGGCCAUCAGUCCCAGACAGAGCCCCAGCAGCAGUCCCGUCCGCGAGGAGCGCUCGCCGUCCCCCACCUUCCGUCUUCCCUUCUUCACCUCCUCGCCAUUCUUUUCUCCUCCUCUUCCUCAUCACAGCGGCUCACACUACACAGGCAAAGAUGAGGACGACUAGGACCCAUCCGCUCACAAGAAGCUCUUCGUGUAUUAUACACUUUCUUUAAGCCAUUUUGAGUAGCCAAGAAUAUAAAUGAAGGAUGGACUAGCUCAAGAUUUAUUUGAAUACGAAAAAUGUAUUGAAAUGCACAAUAGUGACCAAAUUAUUCCACCCGUACUUUCUAAAGGUUUUGAUCCCACGUCUCCCUCUCGCUUCGGAGAGAUUUGCCACACACCACUAAACCAAAAGGCUCAUAUUGUUGGCCUAUUCCUUGGAUCGUAUUUGGCUUGGAACUUGCAUAAUUAUGCAUUUUUAGCGCCUCUUAUUUUUUUGUUACGCGACAGAGCGUCUGCUUGCACAUAAUCUCAUUCUCGGUUGUGCAUAAAAUGCACCCUCACCUGCCUUCAUUGUCCAGAUCUUUUCAUACUUGAACAGGGGCCAAAUUUGAGACUAAUUCCAGGAUGGGGGAGGGAUCCAGGGACAGCAAACUUCAGGAUCGGUCGUCUUUGUAUAGUUCUGGAAUGUUUCUUCUCAUUUUACGCUGGUUACUGUAUUGAAAGUCUGUUUUUACUCAGUCGUUCUUUUUGAAUGUUCACGCGUCUUUCUGACCUUUUUAUGUUUCUGCUAAAGUUCCUCUUACGAACUUUCUCUCUCUCUCUCAGACUCUGAUGUGAAGUAAUAAUUCCGGGGCUUGGCAGUGACGGCGUCUAGCACCUCCAUUUAAACCCUGUGCUAGUCUGUGGCAUGGGUCCCAGUCUUUUUGGAAAGGGUUUGCUUGCUGAAUGUUUACAUUACCCAAGCCCGCUGAGGGACAGUGUUAACACGAAAGAGUACCAGGACCUGUUUGUUUACAUGUUUACAUAGGACAGGAGGAGAUGACUGUAGGAUUAUGUGUUUGCCAGCAGACCAAAAGACAACUUUGGCAUUCUUGUGAUCAGAAACGUUACGAUUUGAUUUGUUUUAGAUGAUUUUUGGGAAUCAAAAGGACUGUGUGAAUAAUGCCAGUGAAUCACUAAACCAUCUUGAAAGAAAAACACAUUUUCUUGUAUUGUCUUGUGGCUUGUUACUUAUUCAUGGGGAUCAAAAACACACACAAUAUAAUACAGCACCUUUAAUGUCCAAUAACGCAUGAUUUUAGAAAAAGAUGACUUAAAAAAACUAACAUUAACCUAUCACUUCUGAAUAGUUAAAUGGGCGUAACAUCAGAUACAGAUGUUUGAUAUUUCAGGUUACAUUUCUGUUUUCCAAAUUCUAUUACUAGUUCUAGCAGCUGCAUUCUUAAAAAUAAAGUUCCAAAAGGGGGGGGUUCUUUGUGUUCUUAGUUAAUUUUUUCUUAGUGUGAAGAACAUUUUAAUAACAUAAAGAACUUUAUUCCACUGUGAAGAACCUUUUGUGUAAUGUAAAGGUUUAUCGGAUGUUAAAGGUUCUUCAUGGAACCACAGAUGCUAAUAAAGGACCUUUAUUUUUAAGAGAGUAAAUCAUUCAGUAGCCCUGUGUGUCCUGAAGCACCAGCACAUGUAAACAAGGCUAUAUUUCCCACCAUAAAUGACAUGCCUUGCAUGAUACAUGCCUGAACUCUAUAAAAUUCACAUCAUUUUUUUAUAAGCUCAUAUUCUCAUAUCUGAAUGCCUGCCUCUCUUAAGUGGUUCUCAACUUGGGGACUCCAUUGGAAGUCCAUUUGAGGCCUUCAGUAAACUUCAACAAGGGCCGCAAAACCAACUUAAUUUUGUUUAAACUCAGUUAAACUAAAAUAAUUGUACAGUUAACAAGCUAAAGGCCAAUUCACACCAAAAGCAAUAACUAUAUUAGUGUCCACUGCAACAGGGGUUCUAACGUUCUGUUUAUAGCGUGUCUGCCACUUUAAGUGCUUAAAGGGAUAGUUCACCCAAAAAUGAAAAUUGUGUCAUUAUUUACUCUCCCUCAAGUAGUUCCAAACCUGUAUGAACGUC